AUGAGCGCCCCUUUGAGCUCUGAAGAGCGCCAGCAGUACACGGCCAUCAUCGACGGCAUCCUCGCCACAGCCAACCUCGAAACCAUCUCGCGCAAGAAGAUUCGACAGGGACUCGAGACUUCGCUUGGCGGCAAAGAUCUCAGCGAGCAAAAGGAUGCGAUUAAAAAGCUGAUAGAAUCACGCUUUGACGCUGUCUCUGGCGCCGACGCCGAUGCCGACAACGCCUCCGCUUCACCCGUUCCCGCACCGACUCCGAAUAAGCGCUCUGCCACGAAUGGCUCCUACGACCACGACGACUCGGACGCCUCGGCUGGCUCUGAGCCUGCCAGGAAAAAGGCCAAGCGAUCGUCGUCCGCGGAAGAUGCCGACGCCAAACUAGCGGCCCAGCUGCAGGCUCAAGAAAACCGCAUGGCUAGAGGCCGCACUACGCGCGGUGGCGACAAGCCUCGCACCACCAAGAAGAAGCGAGCUCCCAAGAAGAAGAGCGCCAAGCGCGUCGGCGGCGAUGACGACAGCGAUGUGGAUGGUAGCGACGUCCCGCCGAAGCGCAAGGCCGGUGGAGGUUUCCAGAAGCCAUUCAACUUGAGCGAAAGCCUUUCCGUCUUAGUUGGAGAGACACAGCUCUCGCGCCCCCAGGUCGUCAAAAAGCUUUGGGAGCACAUCAAAGCAAACGAUCUGCAGGACCCGAACGACAAGCGCCAGAUCAUCUGCGACGAACGAAUGUAUGCCGUGUUUAGACAGGCUAGGGUGGACAUGUUUAAGAUGAACAAGGACAUCGGAAGUCAUCUAUACCCGGUGGGUGAGGAAUAG